ACCGUGAACCCACAAACUGGAGAGUUUUCUUUUUUUUUCACGGCGCGGAUGUCGCCGGAGCUCCACGUCCACAUGAAGCGUUGAGUCUCAGCCGAGCCCUCGUGUUGUGGAAAUGUUUGCACGAGGCGCCGUGAUCUGCCUUAUGCUGAUGUUUUGACCCCCAAACUGAGGCUUUUACUUUGAUUCCCCCAAGUUGGGCCGAUGUGACCGAGGUCCCCUUUAACUGCGGAUGUCCCUGACCAAUUCCAGCGUCUUUCUGCUCAACGAGGUGGGUUGCUUUCAGUUUUCCCUCUUGUUUAGGACCUCUCUUGUUGUGAUCGAGGUUGUCACGAUCGAAGAAGGUUUUUAUUUUUUUGCUGUGUUGUCUGAAGCGUUGAGCAGCCUUUAUUGCUGUACCUUCAGACAUAAACAAGCAGCUAAUGUGAAAAGCUCCUCGAUGGGAUAGCACCGAUGAUUUCAUUAGACAGGCUGACCUCAUCGGGAAUCUCUCACUUCAGAGUAAAGGAGUCCCAGCAUGCAUCGACUCUACUAUCAGCCUGCCAGAGGAAAUUAAAAGCAGGUUUUACAUUUUCGUGUGAGAAAAACAUUUGACUCAGAAAAAAAAAGACUCAGGUGGAGCAACAGAUGCAGGCAAUCACCCAACACUGUGGGUGUGUUCAUGCUUCCACCUUCUUAUUUAUCAGAGCAUGAGACAAAUAAUUAAGAUUUUGCUGCAGGAUAAACAUGAUUGCAUCAACCCUGAAAUGAUCACAUAGUCACAUGUGUGAUUUGAUUCACUGUCAUACUUAACUCCUCCUUGUGUGCAUGCAACAAAACAACUACAACUCAUUAUUUUACUCACUGCCAUGUCAUUGUGCAUGGCAGACUUUCUUACCUGUAUUUGUUAGAAGUAGAUUACCUACUGGAACCCACAAACUGCACACUUUGCAACACAUUAGGGAAAGGAAAACAAAACUGCCUCAUGUUAAGGCAGUGCACCUUUUACAGUCAUGAGAUGGCAACAAACUGGGUGAGGCAUGAUAAUAAAGCUACUUAUGUAAUAUAGAAGCUUUUUCUGUAGCAAUGUGAGAAGUGUGCAUGUUAAAGAAAAUGAUAUUGUAAUAUGCACUGACAUAAUUCAUCUGUAUUUAUCAGACUGAUGCAUAGCUGUUAUGCACAAAUGGAUUAUUAAAUUUGUUAAUUGUUAAAAAAUGUGAUAAAAUCCAUUAUAAGUUGGUGAGGAGAGAAGAGAGAUCUCUCUUCUACUCAACAGAAAUGUGAUGAAAUAACAAUGCAAUCACCCUCAGAGUCUCUAACCUUUCAUCAAUGGUUUUCUGAAGGUUGUUCAAUGUCUUUCUGGGUAGCUGCUCUGGCAUUUUCUCAUCAUUUUGGCAUUUGCUGAUUUGAUAUAAUGUGGUAUGGAGGUCUGUCUCAUAUAUAUAAGUAUAAACAACAUAUUUAAAGAAGAUGGAUUGGUGAUUACUGUUGUGGAUAUAUUCUUCUAAUUAAUUCUGAAGUUGGAUAAACUGGUGAUUCAACCCAUGUUUCAUCAUGUGUGCAUCUCUCUGAGCUUGUUCCCCUACCAGAAGAUCUAGAUAAUCUUAAAGGUGAUUGAAAAGUCAAAAGUGAGGAUUCUGAGUGUGCUCCCAGCCUUUUCUGGCUGGUAAAAGUUUCUCAAGGGGAGCUGGCUGAUUGCAUCAUUUGCUUGAGCGAGUGUCUGGCAGGCAAACUACAGGGGGUCUGGUCGGUCUCUGGGCUGUGGAUUCAUGCUGAGAGCUGAAGUGAAGGUUCUGCCCUUCAUAUUUAAGCUCUCUUUGAAAGUCAGCUUCAGCCUAUGUGUCCUUACAGCAGUGCCUUUAAAUUUAGGUCCAUAAAGCAUGAGAGAGACGAUUUUAAAUAUGAUUUUCUGAUUAUUUUUAUUUCUUUCUGUCUGAGGAGGGGGCUGGUUUUUAAGGAAGAAAAGGCAAACCACAGAAAUAUUGUUGGACUUACUCCUCAUACAGCUGGACUUAAAGGUGGUGCCAUCAAAUCCUUUUGACCCAAAUGGUCUGCAGGGUAAUAUUGUGCUCUAAAAUUUUAAGUAGAAGACACAGAUAGCAUGAAAAUCUUGCAAUUUGAUCGUGCACCAGUUCUUAACUCAGUCAUCAUCUCACUCUAUUUUGAUUCAUUAGUGACUGUUUUGUAGGGAUGGUAGUAAAAAAACGAUACAGCAUAGUACUACAAUAUUUUGUCUUGUGAUGUAUCGUAUCGUCUCAUUUACCAAGUAUCAAUUUUUCAAAUGAAUUGUUAAUAUGAGGUCAAAUCUGUGAUAAUGGAAAAAUAAAAUCAACUGUUUGUCCAGUGAGGUUGGCAGAGGUGACAUCAUAGAGCAGGAGGAAGUUACUACAACAAAUAUAUAUAUAUAUAAGGUUUGCUAGAUGUGCCACAGUAAAAUAAAAUACAGUGUAAAUAAGACAAACAUUAAUGAAAGACAAAUGUCUAAACAGUUGAAAAAAAAUGUAUAAAUCACAAUAUGUUGUAUUGCAAUAGUCACUGUAUUUCAAAAUGUUAAAAAUCACAAUAAUAGCGUAUUGUAGAGCCACUAGUGAUUCCCGCCACUACUGUUUUGUGUGUCAUUUUGCCAAGAAAAAGCUAACAGUACAUUUCAGCCUGACUGUAUAUGAAUGUUUUGCAUCUUUAAGUCUUACAAUCAGUGACAUUUACACUUUCAGUUUGAACAUUUUUCUAUUUUGGUGAAGAAAAUGCUCAAACAACCCAGCAACACACCAUAUGCUGUGCUGCAUGUGUGUAUGUUUUUCUCAACAUUAAGUACAGUCUGUGAAUAAAACUACUUGGUGUCACUGUCACUCACUUCACCGUGGUCUCACCCCUCUGUUUACAUCCCCCCUCCUCUUGAGGUUUUAACUUCAAACAGAGAUCAACUCUUGAGUUGGAACACAAGCUGUACCUGCGCGUCUGAACCCAUCAAGGAACUGUACAGACCUUGUGCAAGGAUUUGGCAGCAGCCAGGUGUCAUCUUCCUCCACUCAAAAAUCAAAACGCAGCAGCAUCCCACUGCCUUAAAAUAGCCCUUCAUCCAUAAUGCACCAGCAGCUGCAGCAGCAGCAGCAGAAGCAGCAGCAGCAGCUCUGCUUCAUACGGGACACGCUGACAGACAUCUGCACUCAAUGCUUGGGUGCAGCUCCCACCCAUGUUUCUGCCUUUUCAGCUCAUUGCACAGCUCUGCAGAGUUUAACUUUCAGACCUUCAUCCAUUCAUGUUUUAUUCACUCUUGCUCAUGCUGAAUUCGAAUGGAUGGUUCCCCCCUCUUUCUGCUUUUCUCUCCUCCUGUGUUUCUACUCUGCCUCACUGUUCCCUGCAACCUAUCCUAUGAAUUAUGAAUCUCAGCUUUGCAGGAGAUUUUCACAUUAGCCGUCGUCAGGGUUUUAUUUUGUCAUUCUGGUCUGCCAUUAGAUGAAUGUUAUUGAGCUUGCUGGAUCUUUUUGGAGAUGUUCUGCUGCACACAAAUUAACACUCAAAGCCCACACAUCCGUCUCCUCUUUGGUUGGUUUUUGUGGCUCUAAAAGCUCAGAAAUCCAAAGAUAUCCUCUCUGAUCAGGUGUCAGAGUACAGCCAGCCGUGACAUCCUCACAGCACACAGCGUGAACAGAGGGCUUCACUUGGGACGCCUCCACAUGUCGAAUAGAGACAAGUAGCACAGCUCUCAUAGCUCCCAUCGCACAAGACUUUCCCCUGUCUAAAAACUUUUGGUUUUGACAGGUUGAAAUCCAUAGAGGUUUAUAUGAACAAUAGUGUGAUAGGACUGUAGAAAUAACAUAUUUUACCCCUUUGAGAGUUUGUUUUUGUGCUGUACAAGAGGGUUUUGUUCACUUCUGCAUGAACUCUUGUUUUUUUUUUUUUUGAGGUCUUGGGCUCAAUGAUCAAAUCCAGCUGAAGAAGAUGUGAAAUUAGGGCCAGGCGAUAAACUGAAAAUUUACUGAUACCGAAAUUUACGUCAAUAUCAUGUCCCUUUAAAAUGCUGUCUUACAUCAGAGACGUGACUCCACCCCAUCCAGUCCAUGACAGAGAGGGAAAGACAGGUGAGGAGAUGAAGGACGGUUCAGAAGUUGUCGCGGCUUAAGCAGUGGCUGAAGUAGACAAAGUUAAUGUGGGAAGGGGUGAGCAGCUUUUGGAGAAUUUAUCGUCCAUUUAUCGUUAUCGAGGUGAACUGGUUCAUAUAUCAUGAUAUUGAUUUGAGGCCGUAUCACCCAGCCCUACAUGAGAUUAUGGUUUUGAACUUUGUAGCCACAUUCAAAAGAGUUGGACAUUGAUCCUACCUUAGCUAUGAUGAUACGUAUAUUAAUUUACCGUCCUACUCAAAGACCUGAUGAUCAAGUCAUUAAACUCUUUUGGGGUAAAAUGGCAAACAAAUUUAGAGCUGCACCUAUCCGUCAUUAGGGCUUGACAUCUUUAAACCAGACAUGGAAGCAAACCCCUUCACCAAGGGUCUUAGAUUUUUGAAUUAGAUGUUCAGGGACCAAAUUUCAUGUGUAAAACUACCACUAUGAAUAUAUGAAAAUCCCCAAUAGUCAUAAGAAUCAGAUGCUCUGCAAGUAUGUUUAUGUAUUUAUUUUUCUGCCUGGGUUUAUGAUCUGAAGGUGUGAGCUGGUUUCACAUCAAGUUACCACUUUAGAGUGUGAAGGCAUGACAGAGUCCUCAAUGAACUCCACAUGCAGUUGCGAUCCGGAUCCAACCCUCCGGUCCCACUGGGCCAGCGAGAUGGAGAUGAAGGGAAGAGAGGGGAGCAGCAUCAGAGAGGGCGGGAGAGGGAGAGAGCCUCUGUGACGUAGACGAGGGUUGUGUACUGAGAGUGGUGGAGAAUCAGAGGAGGAGGAGGAGGAGGAGAGGGAGGGGGAGUGUGAAGAAGGGAUAGACUGCUUACAAGCAUGCUACAGUACACUUCAGUGUUACCCAGGAGAGAGAGCACACCAUGACUGAGUAGCAGAGAGGGCGAGUUAGAGAGACGGGGAGUUUGCUCUCCCACCUCCAACUGAGUGAGUACCCUCUUUAUCUUCUGCAUCUCUUUUCUGCUGGGAAAUGCCCUGAUAGACAUCAUUUGAAAUAUAGAUCUGUGCACAGUGUUGCACUGACACCUCCAUAGAUGUAGAUUAAAGGUAGAAGAGGAAAUAGGAUUUUUUUUAAAACUCUGCCCUUGAAAAAUUUAGUGGAAAUAGUCAAAUUGUGUUUGUUAAAGUAAUGUAUAACUGAAUUUUUCUUUUUCUUGUUGCAAAUUUAUUGAAAGUCUAAACUCUUUCCCUUCUGUGCUGACAUUUCAGUGCAAAGUCCGAGUUGCACUAAAGCAGAAAAUGCCAUUUAGUGCUGAUGUAGUGCGAUGGAGGAGCGGUGGUGGGAAGCUGUGGGCAUCCUUGCAGGCGUUCAUGCUCUCUCUGUUGAUGGGGGGAAGGAGUGCAUUUGGGACCGCUAGGCUUCCUGUGUGGGGUCAAUUAAAUACUGCAUGAGACAGAGCACUAAAAGCCUGUCUCGUGAGGAGCCGAGUGCUUUGUGUGUGUGUGUGUGUGUGUGUGUGUGUGUGUGUGUGUGUGUGUGUGUGUGUGUGUGUGUGUGUGUGUGUGUGUGUGUGUGUGUGUGUGUGUGUGUGUGUACAUGAAUAUGAUUGUGCGUUGGAGCAUCAGUGUGUAAUGUCUUGAUUAAAUUUGAUGAAGCUGCCAUGUUUAGAGGACCACUGAGUCCAGUUCCAGUUUUCCUUGCGAGUCUCUCUGCAGAGAAUCAGAUUUUCUGUAUUUUCUGAACUUUGAAAAGAGAAAACAAAGUCAGAAGGAGGAAAAGGCUUCCUCCUUUAAGUUAUGACAUCUCUGUGUUUGUGUGGUCCUAUCUGGGACAUCUUUCUAUUCUUCUCUUUAUAGCGUCCCCAACUUACUCUUCUGGCUUUGUCAGCUUUUAUCUCUGUGAUCUGUAUGCACUAAAGACUUUUGUUUUCCUAAAGCCGUACUUUCUUGUCGGGUCAAAUGUGAACAUCUCAAACUUGAGAGAAAACACUGUUUUAGAUGUAAAGCUGUGAUGUGCAAAUAUGUAGGGCACCAUUACAUAUUGAUAACCCUGACAUUCCCCUCAGUAAGCUCAGCCCAUGAGUCAAGAUGCACCAAUUAGGCCCCAACUCAAACCUCGAGCUUAAAUCAGGUCAGCUUCCGACAAACACUUCUGAUAAAGGAUGCAGCAGCACUGUGCCAUUCGGAGCUGCACUGAAGGUGCACACAGCUUUAUGUGGGUUAGCUCCAGUUGCUCCGCACUUUGAAGCAGUUUGGUGAAGCCAGGUUGAAGGACCCCUGGAGGGGUAAAGUAUGCACAGCAUCGCUGAGUCCACAGCAUGGUUGAAAGAUGUCGAGUCUCUCCUAGUUGGGCUCCUACGACACAGUCAACUCUUACACCGAUGAUUCACGUCAUUACAUAUGACAUGCCCCCUAUUUUUAAACCCCCAUACUGCCAGCUGGAGGACUUGGUGUCUUUGGUGAGAAAGCAGUAGCAUGCAGCACGCUUUGAAAUGAGUUGAAGUGCGUAUUUAUAGGCUGCAAAAGGCUCAUUAGAGGCAGGGAGAUAGUAUCCUGAGGUAACAUUAGAGCACGAAGAGGGUGGAGCUGCACAGGACAGGAUGGAGUAUCAAUCUGGGUAGCUCUCUUAUUGAUCCACUCUGCCCUACUCUGGUUGCACUGUCAGGAGACCUUUUCUCUGUUUCUGCAUGAUCCUCCUCUGCCUGUUAAUACUGCCUCAGCUCUCACUGCACACACUCUGAAAGGUGCCUCUUCAAGCACAGAUUUUGUGCUUAAAUGUCCAGAUUUGUUGGGGACAUCUGGAACUUUGUGAACUCUGGGGUGGCCUUUUUUUUUUUUUUACAGAGUUCCCAGUUGGUGUUUGUAUGUUUUUUUUUGUUGCUUACAGCACAAGAGUGUGGCUUUGCGGGGCUCAGCAAAAACACAAACUAAAGGUCUAAGUUACAAACCUUUUGCUUUCAAUUGAAAUGUGUCUGCUGCAGCAAAAAGUGUUAUGUACUCAAGGUCAAUGAUCAAUGUCAAACUUUGAGUCUUGUCGAUUGAUAAUAAAUAAGAUAGUAAAAUCCAUCUUUUGCCAAAUUUUCAUAUAGGGGAUGUUAACGUAAGAGUUAAGAAACACAGGGAAAGUUUUUAGUAACAAAACUAGCACUCUGUCGGCUGAUCUUUGAAGAGAAUAAGUGUGCGGUGGUUGAAAAAAGGCAAACAUUUUCAAAUAUUUAAUCUACUUUUCGUUGAAAUUCAUGUCGUGCCUUCGUCUUUGUGCGACUGCUUUACUCUUCUUUCCUUGUUCUUGAAGACUGUGUGAACUUUGAAGACAAGAGCUAAAAAAAGGAACCUUAUGAAGUACACCUGCAUCAUAUUACCAGGAGGUUUGAACAACAUCAGAUGUAAUAUUAUCCUGUUCGGAAGAGGGAGAAGAAAAACACUGCUGCAUAGACUGAAUACAUACUGUAGAGCGAGCUGAGACGACGCGCCUCGGAGUCUGUUUGUUUCUUGUCGUCCGUAUACGGCCACUUAGUUCACAUUCAGAUGGGCUAUCUAGCAUCAGUGAAUAUAGCUGAGCCAGUCUCAAAUCUGCUUGGCUCUUUCUUGAGGGAAUUCAUCAAAACUCAGUGAACUUUGACAAUCCUCACUCUCCUCUCCCCCACUGCCAGCCCCAGUCUGCGAUGGGGAGAGGGGGGGAGCUAUAUUUAGACGCACUGAACAGCAGAAAAAUAACAAAAAGAAAAGAUUCUGCUGUUAAUCUCUGGUCCUAUUGUUUUAACAUACUGACUCUCUUCUUUCUCUUACUGUUUAUCCUGCUCUUCCUCGUCACACUCUUUCACUUUUGGCUCAUUUGGUCUUAACAGCAGAUAAAUCAGACGAUAUUGAAAAUCUCUUGUCUGACUUGUGUUUCUGAAUUUCGUCUAAUAAGGUUUGCUCUCCCUCCUCUCUUUUUAUCUCAUCUCUUUCUCUCCUUCUCCAUCUUUAGUUCCUCCCCCACUGUUAAAGACCUGGUUUUCAAUAGUCCCCCUAUCUUCUCUGUUGUGUAGGAAUAUGAGGGAGCUAUUUGCUUUAAAUACAACAGUAUAUGUGUGCGCGCGUGUGUGGAUUUGUGUGUGUUUGUGUCCCUUUAAUUCUGACAAAGCCACACAGUAAUAUCGCCUUGAGACAUUUGUUGCUAAAAGCCCCUGCUGGAGUGCACUUAAUUCUUGAGUUGAAUGAGGGUGAAUGAGCGCAUGCUGCCAGUGUAAUGGUUGUUGAAGUAGCUGGGUCCUCUGUGCCUGGGGGCGACCUGGAGAGCAGGCGUGCAUCCAGGCUCCAGCCCUGCCAGGAACAACCAUGCUUGUCUGAUCAAGAGAGACCUUCUCUGCCCACUUAUUACAAAGACGACUGAUGGACUCUCGAUGGCUGCUUGCUGACUCACUGCUUCAUCUCUGUUCUGUGAGCUCAUGCAUCACCUUUCCGUCAGGAGGGAUGGCGCAGGGGCAGAAAGACAGCCCUGCCCUCAUUCAUUCAUACACAUCUUCUCUUCAUCAUCUCACUUCUCCUGUCUUGAAUCCUAACUUUUUUAUUUUGUGUUUAUUUUUUCGGGAGCAGUCACCUGUUCGACAGAGAAAGCUUCCAGUUGGCAUCAGGAUGAGCUGAGUUGUCUCCCAACAUUCAUCUCUUCGUUAUCAUCACUGAGAAUGUCUUACAUAACUGCUCAGUCUUCUCUCUGUCUUAUUUAUAGUGCAAUCUGCACCCGGUGGGGAAAAAAAAGGGAGUAUACAACAUUUAAUACCACUUUUUAGGACAUCUUGAAACAGAAAACUGGAAACAGAGACGUGUAGGAAAGCUUAUGAGUGUGGAGAAACUGAGAAGAGGAAUAUUUUAGAUUCAGUGGAAGAGCUGAGAGGAGGAAAGAGGAUGUAUAGAUAGUGCAUGAAACCGGAGAAAAGCUCCUUUUUUGAGGGCUGCCUGGAAGCAGAAGAAAAACCCACAAAAGUGUACCAGUGUGAGGGCGUGUACACACCAGUGCUGCAGUCGGGGCAUCAAUUUUGAAUAGGAAAUGGCUGUUGAGGCAGUGCAGCAACGUAAGCUGUGAAGCACUUAGUCUGAGCGCGGCUGCCCCCCCUCCCACCUCCCCCGUAACCACGGGGCUGAGGAGAGGAGGAGGAGGAGGGUUCUGCCUUCUCUGUGCAAUGGGGGAGAAGAGAGAGCGCUGGCAGCAGCAUCAUGUCUGCCUCCGACUCGAGCGCUACAGGACUCAUCUGCAACAAGGUACGCUGUGGAUGCUGCCCGUUUUGUUAAAUCAUGCUGCAUGCAAACUCAGACUCUUUGUCUGGAGUCCCCCAUCCGUCUGCUCUCAGACAUCUUUUUUCUUCUUCUUCUUCCCUCUGUUUUUCUCCCCUUCCCCUCCUCUCACUCUCGUUCGGGAGAAGUCUGCUCUGGUUCACUCACUUCACCAGCAUCUCCUCUCUUCUUCUCAUACCUUGUUCCUCCGUCUCAUCUUCUGUGGACAUGCUGUACUUGUACACAUGGGCAGUUUGUCCAUUUGUUGCCACUCUGCGGGUAACUUUGAAGCUCUGGAUUGAAUUUAUGGUGCACUGGGAGUCCCAUCUGUUGAAUGUCAUGGUUUUUGACUUUGCCUUUGUUCAGGACUUCUUAUCCUCACAUUAUAUCAAGGGAUUCUUAUAUUUUGGUACUUUUGCGGAUACUUGUGGAUCUGUUUAGUCAGUCAGAAACCUUUCCACUGAGCAAUUUCACAAAUCAAAAGAGAGAGAAUGUGACGGAUAGAGACACAAACACCAAUCACCCGUAACGUUAAGAGUCUGAUGUUGUGUAGGCCUGCUUUUUGUCAGAUCAGAGUCAAAACAGACAUGAACUCCACAACACCUCUUGAGGUGUGCUGUGGUAUCUAGCACUAAAAAGUCAGAUGCAGUUUUUUAAGUCCUGUAAACUGUGAGACGAACCCUCUGUGGAUCAGAUCCAGGUCAACAAAGUGAACUUGUCAUUACUUUGUGGUUCGGUUUUGAUGCCCACAUCUUCACUAAGGCUUCAGUGGUGGACGGGUCAGCAUGGGCACCCUGACCAGUCUGCUUCUCAGAAUCCAGUUCACAACAAACUGCAAUGCACUGUGUUCUGACACCUGUCAAUCAGAUGCAGCAUUGAUUUUUCUCUUCAGUUUAAGCUCUAGUGGCUCUUCUGUUGGAUCUGUCAUGUCUUCUGUUGACUGGUGUUACUUCCUUGGACCCCUUUUACUAGGAACAACAGUUUUGGAGCUCUGUAUUCAGCUGUAGAGUCAUCACAAGUUGGUCCAUGUCAAACGCGCGCACACUUAUUCAUCUUCUGCUUCGAACACAAAAACUUUAAGAAUAAAAAAUUCACUUGCUGCCUUACAUUUCCCACCCUCUGACAGGUGCCAUCGUAAAGACAAAACCAAAGUCUCUUCAUCUGUCGGUGGUCAUAAUGUUGUGGCUGGUUAGUGUAUAACUCAAAGUCAUGAAAUCAAACACUUAAAGUUACUUUUUUUGUAUACAGCAUAGAAAGACAGUCUAUAUAAACACACACAAAAAAGAGGGAAAUAAUCUAAAUCAGAUUUACUCGAACAGAAUGAGGAAUUAGAUUUCUUUCAUUUAUCUGCACCAGUUCUGUUUGACACACAUGGUCAGUGUGAACCACAAGAAAAAUCUCAACUCUUUCAGUACACUUUUUAAAAAGUGAACUUGUCUUAAAGAGUUUUAUUUUCUCACUCAAGUACAUUUAUGAUUCAGGUUUACCUGUUUUGGUUGAGGCAUUAUGUGCUCCAGAGGUGGAGUCCCUGUCCACUCUACCUAUAUGUCACUUUUCUGCUAAAUGAAUAAUAAAUCAAAACAGUACAAUAAAAACACAGUUUUGCAGUUGUUAGCGUUGUUCCCUCACAGUAGGGAGGUUCCUGGUUUGACUCCCUGGUCAGGCAGAGGUCCUUUCAUAUGGAGUUUGCAUGGUCGCCCUGUUCAUCUGUGGCCUCUCUCAGCUUUCUUACACAGUCCCAAAAACAUGUUGACCAGCUUAAAUGGUGUCCUCAUAUCACCAGUAGCUGUAAGUAUGUUUGAAUGGUUGUCUUUCCAGCCCUGUGAUGGCCUGGUGACCUGUCAAGGGUGUACUCUGCCUCUUGCUGAAUGACAGCCACCCUAAAUGGGAUCACCAGUGAAGAUAAUGGACAAAUGGAUGAUUAAGAAAAAAAAUUAUCAGCUUUUUUGAGCUCUCAGUUGUAAAGUACUUACUUACUUGAUCUUUUCAAGAAAACCCAACAUGUAUUUAUCAUGUAUUCAUUCAGUAAAUGUACAUCAGCACAUGAAGGGAAAACUCGGCAGCCAACUGAUUAUUGGAAAGCUUGGAAAACUUACAAGUGAAAUACUUACUAUACAUGGUUAUCAGGGAAUUAACAGUGCUGUUAAACAACACAAAAAAGAUGAGUAAACAAGAGAAGAGCAGAAAGAACUCUUUUACAGUUUCACACCUGAUCCACAUGUGAUCCUGUCAGUCUUUUUGUCAAAGUUUGAAAUCUCUUCGAUAGAAAGCAAAACACAAACGGUGACAAGGCACCAACCUUCCCUUCUACAAUACAAAACCAGUGCAGAAGCACAAAAAACUGCAGUUCCACUAGUGACCACUUGAGGCUGACUCCAAAAGCAAAGGAAAACCCCCAUUAGCAUCCAUGUUUAUGUGCUUUUUUUAUUUAUUUACAACAAAAUCAAACAUAUUCACAACCUGGUUAAAAAUGGAUUUGUAUGGAUAGAUCAUUUCUAUUUAGGGGUGGCGAGGACACAACAUGAAAGUGGACCUAUUUCACCCACCUCUCAAACAGCCACAUAAAAAACUUUCAGGGUUUUAACAAAGGAGUAAUUUAUUUAGGCUAAAAAAAAAAAAACAGGAUGAGGACAGAACAAAGAAUGAUGUCGUCCUCAGGGUGCAACAACCGUAAAUUAUAACUGAGGAAAACUGUUAACUAACAAAAGGUGACGAGGCCGUUUGGGAUAAGGAUGUCAUGGAAUCCCCCCUGAGCCGGUGGUCCCGCCUUCAUUUGUUUUUGUUCACUAUUUAAAGUGUUCUCAGUGGUAUUUAAAUCUUAUCUAUGAAGUUUUUAGCCAAAAUUGCGUGACCUGUGUCAUUUCCAAGGGCUGUUCUUCUGCAGAGCUCCAGUAGCUCAUUAGCAUUUCGCUUCUGAGUUGUGGGCGGAGACAGCGCUGCUCUGCACACUCCGCGGAGCUUAGAGCUUGGAUUUGCUACGUAGGAAAUCUCACUGUGUCUGAGCCUGCCGUUUGGGUCUGCCAGAGAUUCACAGUGAUUUGAAUGCAGAAAUACUCAGAAAAAAUGCCAUAUAAACAUGUAAAAAACAAGAAAAACAUGAUUUUCAUUGGAGUGGGUCUUUAAAUUGAAAACCCAGCCCUGCAGCAGCCUACCCCUGUCGCACGAGCCAAUCGGGAGCAUGAUUUGGCACACCAAAUUUACAUACAAGCUAAGCAACAAACUCACUAAACACACACCAGAUACAGCCAGGCCAGAGAAAGACACAAAAUACAAUAUACAAUACUGGCAUAUUACGACCGUGGUCUUAACACGAUAUUACACUAAAUGUUCCUCAUAAACUUGCAUUAUUAGGGGCACCACUGAGUUGACUGCUGCUUGUGAAUGGGACAGUGAACUUAUAUCAUGCAAUAAUGUAAUAAUAAUAAUAAUAAUAAUGAUAAUGUAAUAAUCAUGCAAUGCAGUGCAACAUUAACACAUCAUUGCUUGCUUAUCAUCAAGAGUUAACAACUUUGGGGAUGUUACACUUUAAAAAUACAAAACUGCAUAUCUGGCUUUGAAAUUCCUGUCGGUUUACACACCCCAAAUAUCCAGUAAAGAGUGUUAUACAUCAAUGAAAGAUGUAUGGACUGCAUGCAUGACGAAGCAAAGUGUUGCAAAGUUGUUUUGAAAAAGCUGAACUGUAGCAAAGAGGAAAUGUCUAACAGCUUUGCGCUUCAACUUCAGGUGUAGCUGUAGCUCCUUUUCAUCAUAUGGAGCUCACUGUUGUGUGAUAACAUAAGAGUAAGAUCAAUAAGGUGAGGAGGAUGUAUAGAUAUCUUGUGUGAGAGAGACUUGGUUAGCAUCUCAGAAUAUCAGUCCUCUUCAUCCAUCUGCAGAACUGUGUGUGUGCUUUAAUGAGGUUUUGUUUCUUCUGCUGGUAGACUCCACAGCCGCUGGAAGGCUUUGAUAUUCAAAUGGUUCCUACAAACUCUGCUGCUCUGGAUUCUGAUAAAGCAAAGGAGAGAUGGAGGGAAAAUGGAGGGGAGGAGGGAAUAAGAAGAGAAGGAGGAAGAGGAGGAGGAGACAGGUGGGGGGAAAAAAGAGUAAAAGGAGGAUGACGUUGUUAUGGAGCUAUAUUUGGCUGUAUUUUGUGGGAGCUCCUGUCUGGUUUAUGAAGUCUUCCAGCCCCGCAAACCAGCCGGGACUGAACUGAAGCCACUGAAGGGGAGGAGAGGGGAGCUGAUGAGGGGGAGAGAGCAUGAAAGUAGGAACUGGUGAAGUGAGGCUUUGAGAGUGUUUUAUGGGUCGGUAAGUUUACAUGUGUGAUAGGUUUGGUCUGUACAGUUAAUUGGCUGAAAUGAAUUUCAGAAGCUGUUUGUUAUUAAGGGGUUCUUAUAUUCUAGUGAUUAAGAUUCAUAUUCAAUUUGAGAAGUUAAACCAGCAAGUAAACUGUUGUGUUAUGUUUUUAUGUUAUUGACAGGGAUUUCUGCAGCUAGGUUUUGUUUUCAUUCUUAUUUUCUUCUUUAUUUUUUUGUGUAUUCUGAAAGAUUGAAUGACCUUAAAUUUAAUCCUAAUCCUCAUGAUCAGGUUGUGACUGUUAGAGCCAAUAAACAUAUUACUAAUCAGUGGUGUUGAUUUGAAACAGGAAAAUGCAUUUUUUUUUUGAUGAGUGAUCACAUUACUCUUUAAAAUGUGAUAAAAAUAGACCUCAUGUUAGUGGAUUUUUAUAAUACUAUGACCAAACAAAGGUACUGAAGGGAUAUUUUCUUGGACAACAGUCACAACUUAAGUAAUGAAUUAUCAAAAAGUAUUUCACUUACUAUAGUUCAAGUGCAGACUAGCUGUUCUCCUCUGGUGCAUGUAGUGCAGACACUACAGAGAAUAACACAGGCAGCAUAAAACACAGAUAUAGCUUCAGUAAUAUCACCCAUUGGUUUCUCCAAGGAUGUUCUGGCACCCAAUGGUGGUGGGCGCCAUGUUGGAAAUGCUGACAACUUAAUUUUCAAUCACCCCAGAAAUAGGCAAAAAGAUGAGGCUGGGGUGAGCCUCCUUGCAAAUCCAAUCCAAUCCAAUCAGCUUUAUUUAUGUAGCACAUUUUAAAAAACACUGAAAUUUACCAAAGUGCUACACAAUAAAAUUAAAAGAACAAACACUGCAGAAGUAAAAAACAUCAAGAAGAAAUAAUAAAAAGCAGGUAAAAAAACAUUUGAUCAAAAAUUUUAUCAAAAUGAAAUUAUAUAAAUGAAAUAAAAACACUAAAACAUAAAAGACAUAAAAGUGAUAAAAGGAACAUAAAAGACAUAAAAGGACACAACUCUCGUGCUGAACUAAAAGCCAAGGAAUGAAAAUGAGUUUGAAGAUGUGAUUUAAAAGUAGAAAGAUUGGGAGAUGUUUUAAUCUCCAGUGGCAAUUCGUCCCACAAUUUGGGAGCCACAGCGGAGAAAGCUCAGUGGCCACGGGCUUUUAAAUGAGUUUUAAGGAGUUCUAGGGACAACAAGCUUGAGCAAACAGGUACAUGUACCCACCUGUCUGUCAGAUUUGUUUAAAACUCAUAACCUGUGGUUUAUCCUAACUGAUACAGUGUCAAAAAAUCCCUCAGCCAAAACAAAAAGGGUAAAGAAGAAAAAAAAGCAGACAGCUUCAAGUGGACACCAAAGGAACUGCAGUGUUUUGCACAAAUGCACUGUCUUCAUUUUUUAACACCACAGACAAACACUUAUUAUGUGUGUGUCUGCCGGGUGAAUUCAUAGACAACAAGUCCUUGGCUGGAUGUUAGUGUUGUUGCAUUUCUCACGCAUAUGUUGCUCCCCUGAGACAGCUGCUUUGGAAAGCUGCAGAAAGUCACUGGUCCUCACAGGCUGGAUCACAUGGUUUCAGGAGAGGACAAGCAGGUUCAGGCUCAGGUUGAACAAGAAGAGGGGCAUGUGAGACUCUUUGGGAUGUCAGUGAUCUGUCUGCAUCAGUUUAUUGAUUAUAAUUGGUUACAAUUAAUAAUUAAUAAUUGGUUAUGAACAUAAUCUGCUCUAAUGCAUUCUUGCCCCACAUGAGCCAUCAGAAAAUGUAACUAAAUUGAAUCUGUAUGAACAGAUAUCUGCAUGAAAUUGUUUGUAAAGAUCAGCUCCUAGACGCCGUCACUCAACUCCAGCUUCAUUCUUCCAUCUCAGUCUGUUUGUCAGGUUGUAAAAAAAAAAGGCGAUGCUUAGAAAAGAAAAAAUUCUGACCAGAGGUAUUUUGUUGCCAACUGCUGGCUACACCUGAAACCUUGAGAAGUUUGCUCCCAUCCAUCACUAAACUAAUGGAGUGCAAAAUUUUAUCACCAACUUUUUUUUUAAAGAGGUAGCAGCUUCUGUGAGGUGUUAGGAUGGAUUUAUGUUUGUCCGUGCAGUGACAGCUUCUCCUCUCCUCCUCUGUCUUCUCAUUUUUACUUUCCUCUUGUUUCUUUCAGGGUUCAGCCGAUUCCUACACUAGUCGACCCUCGGAUUCCGACCUGUCCCUGGAGGAGGACCAGGAGGCGUCUCGGCGUGAAGCCGAGCGCCAGGCUCAGCUGCAGCUUGAGAGAGCCAAGGUUAAAGUCUAAUGCUCGUCUUCAAAUUCAUUUAAAGUUCUUAAGAAUCAGAAUCAGUGAACAUGAUGAAAAUUUACCAAGAUCUGUGAGACCAAAAGUAAACCUCAGACUAAAAAGGUGAAUGAGAAUCAAAGUGUUUGUCUCAUUUCUGCUUUUCUUUCUGCGCUGUCCUCAGUCUAAACCUGUAGCAUUUGCUGUGAAAACCAAUGUGAGUUACUGUGGGGCUCUUGAUGAAGAUUGUCCAGUCCAAGGCGCCGCUAUCAACUUUGAAACCAAAGACUUCCUGCACAUAAAAGAAGUAAGAGGCAUUCAGCUUAAACAAGAUAGUCCAGUAUUUUUGGAGUGAGGCUGUAGUAUAAGUUAUAGAUCACUAAUAAGUGUAUUAUCCACAAUGGACACUGUUCAGUUCUGCCCCUUUAAUGAGAAACUGCUGGGAGAACAAGCAUGCUGGCUAGGCUAACGGUUCUAUGCAGACAGAGUGAGCAAAUUUUGAGAAAUCCCAACCAAAGCACUCAUUCAACCGAAGACUACACUCCACUGAGGAUGUUUUCAGCACCUCAAUUUGCAUCAGAAGGCCCAUUUGUCUUUGGACCGUUAAGAAAAAACAGUGAACAGACACGUGCAACUCUGCUUGCAGAAUGAUCAGCUGAUAAGGUGUAUGAUGUACGAGUCACUUCUAUUUUGUGAUUUUUUAAAUAUGUUUGUAGUCUCAUUUUUGCUUCAUUUUAAGGGUCAAAAGCCUAAGAUUACCCAGCAAACACAGUGAUUGCAUUAAAGUUUGUUAUUUCAGCUCAGUCUACCCUUUCAGCGGCCAACACAGUGUAUUUUGUUCAAAUAAAUGAAAAACGUGAACCACGGCUUGUGUCAUCAUAUAAUAAAAACUGUGAGAGCCAAACACUUAACUAAGCUAAGUUAACUAAACUGCUAGCUGCCUGGGUCCUCCUGUAGUUUCUCACUAAAGAGGCAUUGUUGCUAAUACAUCAACCAGUGACAUGUAACUCGUACAACCCCUCUUUAAAAAUGUUGAAAUAUCCCUUUAAAAGUAUCACAUAAUUAGUUGAGUAUUGAAGCUGUGUGUCCUCAUCCUGCAGAAAUACAACAAUGACUGGUGGAUUGGUCGGCUGGUGAAGGAAGGUGCAGACAUCACUUUCAUCCCGAGCCCGGUCAAACUAGAGGCCAUGAGGAUAAAACAGGAGCAGAAAGCAGCAGCAAGGUUAGAGGCCACUUAGCUCUGAGAUAUCGCUGCAUGUCUGUUAUCUCUUCCCCCUCACUUUCAUCUGCUUCUCUCUCUGUUGACCUAAUUCCACGACUCUAUCUCGUGCAGCCUUUGAAAACUUUUUUUAGAACAACUUCUUGCUCAUGUGUUGCUCUGUUUUGGAAGUCCUUUUCUCUAAAUUGCACCCUGAGGGAAUUCACGCAUAAUGAAGCUUUGCAUUAUGUUGCUCCACAGGAAAGGAGGGAACGCUUCAUCGGGAGGCUGGAGGUCCACCCCUCCAUCUGCAGGUAAGUGGGACUGAAGGGGACCUUCUGUCGUGUCUGUCUGCUCUGCCUUGAUGUGCUCUCUCAGGUUGCCAUUGACAUUCUCUGCCACAGUUUUUAAGCCUGAGCUGAGAUGUAAAAGAUGAUUAAAUACUCCAUUCAAAGCUUGUAUUGUGACAUCUAAUAACACCUAAAAGCACAUGACAUGAGCACAGAUUGCAUGGCGAGCAUGUUGUAUUUUUGAACACUUUUAUUUACCUUAGCCUCCUUAUUGGCUCAAUGCUUAAUGUUGAUUCUUUUUACCCUAAAAGCCAAACAGAAGCAGAAACAGGUACGUGUUGUGCCUAUUCCUCUGUGUACGCCAUUUAUUUAAAACACGCUAAAUUUUACAGAGCUAUAAAAUGCACAGUAGCUGCAUUUUAUCUAGCUAGCUCUGCUCAUUGCUAGCAACAAUGCAGAAAUCCUACUAGUCACGCAAAUCAGUAUAUAAGCUUCAUGUGUAUUAUUGCAGCACACUUACUUUAGCAUAUUAUAUAAUGUUGCAUGUGUUUCCACCUGCAGACAGAACAUGUUCCUCCAUAUGAUGUGGUUCCCUCCAUGCGGCCUGUGGUGCUGGUUGGCCCGUCUUUGAAAGGCUAUGAGGUGAGAAAACCAUCAGAAAGACUUUGAUUAAAGCUUCUGUAUGGAGAUUUUACUUGGUUAUAAAACAGAUUGAAAUCCAAGCUGGUGCCCUUGUAUGAGCUGCAAAAGCAAAUGAGACCACUACAAACAAAACUGAUGGUUCUGAUUAAGUAAUUUUCCCAGAUCUAGUUUACACUGAAAUUUCUCACAAUACACAACAUAAACAUGGAUUGGAAAAAUCUGCAUGUCCACAAACAAGCUAAUUAAAAUCUAAAAGGUUUCAAUCUUGUUGCAAAUGCCUUGUUUUGUUUGAUAUGUCACAAAAAGGCAUCCACAAGUAUUUCAGUCUAUAUAAACAUUUGAAAAAAAACUCCUCGCAGGAGCUUUAAUCUUUACAUGGUCUGAUUUGUUUUGUGUGAUGCAGCUACUCAAAGGUAAUUAUUAACGAGCCAAUGAAAAGUCAAAUAGCUCAUAAUUAACAUUGACAUUAAAAAAACAACUUAAAACUUCUAGAGUUUAAAACAUAUUAAUAGUGUCUCUAGUUCACCUAAGCUGGAUCACUGACAUGUAUUAUUUUACACACAUUUUCUACAGACAUUGAACUUUUACCGAGGGUAACCAAAGUUAUGGUUGGAAGUCUUGCACAAAGCUUUAAAUUAAGACGUUUUUCUGUCUUUCUGUUAGAAAAAAUAACAUACAUCUUCUCUGAUGUUAAAGCUUCUGAGAAAUGAGUGUUUUCCUGCUGGAGACAUUAAACUAAAGAUAUCAGCCGUGUUAACAUUUAAGCAUCAUGAAAUCUUUUGGAUAGAUUACUCUGACAUUUUAAUUGGUGCCUGGAGGACACAUCCAACUAACUUUGUUGACUUGUGACAUUUUCUCCAGUGCCACCGUGAAGGUCACGCUGGUGCUUUUGAGUGAAACGUCUUGACAUCCGUUAAAUUGCUGUGAGCAAAUUUAGUUCAUACAUUCAUGUCCCCUUAAAGUAGAGAUGGAGUUUUAUUGGUGAUCCCCUGAGAACUUUGUAAUUUGUAAUUUAAGGAAUCAUCAAUGUAUUGGUCAUUUCAAAUGAGUGUAUGAACUAAUAUUUUUGCCUUUAAUGAGAUGACUCUAGAGUCUAGUGAGUUUCCUGGUUUGACUGGCAGGGAAUCCCUCCAGUACCAUUAUCCCAUUAGAGUAACUGUGAUACUGACCACCACACUCACAUCCUGAUGAAAUUCAAACAUGAAUCAGGAAUUUUAGAUUUUUUCCAAUGACUUAAAACUGCAUAAACACUCCCUCUAUGUCUGUCUUAUACAUGUUAGUUAUUCUGUGUCACACAGGGGUUAGGUGUAUGAGAAAUCACAUCAUUGAGGUUGGAUUAAUCUUGCUGGUGAAUGUGCUGAAAUAUGAAGCAUGUAACUGAACAGAGUGUAUUUGUGCUCCAAUAUUUUCUCUCUGCCUCCCUCUUUCUUCUAUGACUACACAGGCUGUGCGCCAAGCCGUUUGUUUUGUGCAUGUGUGUGUAUGUGAGUGUGUGUGAAAUAUUUAUGCAUUGCUCUGGCAAUGUGCUUUGGGGAUGCUCCAGUGGUGAGCGCCAGCCUGCCUCCUCCUCUUCUCUCCUCUCCUCUCCUCUCCUCUCCUCUCCUCUCCUCUCCUCUCCUCUCCUCUCCUCUCCUCUCCUCUCCUCUCCUCUCCUCUCCUCUUUCCCCUUUGCUUUGUCUCUCAUAUACAUAUUAUAUUCAGCUGCUCUCUGCUGUUCUCUGGCAUUUCCUUCCUGUUUCUCUCUCUCUUGCAUUCUUGCUUUUCCUCCAUCCCUCUGUUACACUGCAGAGAAACAACGCCAGUGUGUACUUCAUCCCCUAUUCAAAAGGCCAUCUAUUUUUCAGGGCUUCUUGAAAAUAGACUGCCUUCCUUUUGCCCUCACAGGGUUCAAGAAGAAUUAGCAUCACACAUUCAGUCUUCAUCCACAUGUAGUCCUGCAUGUGUUUAAAGACAUGCAAAUAAACCCUGUAAAGAUAGACCGAUUAAUCAGGCAGCUGAUUGAUCGAUACGAUGAAUGAUAUUUUGACUAAAUAAGCAUCAUAAGGCCAACAGUAAUUUUAUUUUACAUUUGUAAAGACAAUGUGAUAUCUGUAUAAUAAAUCUGCUCCCUUGUAAUCAGUAUCAGUAGGCAGUAGCUCAGGAGGUAAAGCGAUCGCCCAAUAACUGGAAGGUUGGCGGUUUGAUUUCCCUCCAUCCCUAGUCUGUCGGUUGUGUCCUUUGGCAAGACACUUUACCCACCUUCCUUCCUGUGUGUGUCCUCCACUGGUGUAUGAUUGUGAGUGUUGUGUGGUGGUGGUCAGAGAGGCCAUAGGCGCAAACUGGCAGCCACGUGUCCGUCAGUCUGCUCCAGGGCAGCUGUAACUACUAAGUUAGUUUACCACCACCAGAGUGUGACUCCGUGAGCGAAUGAAUAAUGUAUCCAAUAUAAAGUGCUUUGAGGGUCUCUGAUAAAGCGCUAUGAAAAGAUCUGAUGCAUUUUUAUUAUUAUUAUAAGAAUCGUGAUCAGUCUACCACAAAAACUCAACUUAUAACAAGAGUGGGUAAUAUAUGCAGUUAUUCCACAGAUAAUUCAAGACUCUGAACUCUUCAAAUCAAAUGAGCUCCUCUCCCUAUUUGAUCCAGAAUCAAUGACCAUACAAAGACUGUAUAAUUCAAAGUUUAAUCACUGGAUACUGAAUGUUUCCUACUUCACCUCAAAGUCCAGCUGCAGUAUUUACACCAGAGACUUCAAAAUCUACAUCUCACUUCUUCAUUUCUAUCAGACCUGACUGAGUCAGAUUCAGAUUCAGACAACUUUCUUAAUCCUCGAAGGGCAAUUCACUUCACAGUAACCUGCCUUGUUAUUAAACGAACUAGGAACGGGCAGAUGCCAGACAUUCACAGCAGCAUAUGCUCUAAACAUAUGUACUGUACUGACUGUAUUCAGUGGCAAUGAUACCAUUAUGUGUGUAAAAGUAAAAAAAAAAAUCAGAAUUUGAUGUCUUUUUGCAGCUACAAGAUAUGACAGUAUAUUCUACUAGACUGAAUUCUGUUUAUGCUUUAUUGUGACUGUGUGGUGACUGUUUGAUGCGGCUCCUUUUACCAGUUCACUUACAGUGAUUAAAUAAAACUCAAGUUAACCCCAAACAGAUUUAGUAUUGGAAAUAAAGACUGCUUUACAUUUUGAUUUAGUUUAAAGCCUGUUAAUAGUUUUAAUUAUUUUAUCUAUCAUUGACUUAAAGAUAGAUAACAUGGGACAAAAGUAUGUCACCAUGGAGGUAAUAAAGAAUUAUGUAAAAUCAUCAUUAAUCUGAUAACAGUUAAAAGAGUCUGUCCACAUGCAUGUGCUGGUUAUACAUUAUCUACCAAAUUACACAAAGUCUGUCAUCUGUUCCUAUUUACAUCUAGGUAGUAGAGCAUUAUAUCAUUUUGGCAUGACUUCUAUAAAUGAAUAGUAAUUCUGGUGCCUGAUAGAGACUAAAACUGUGUUGAAGUGUAGUAUAACCCACCUAUGAAGAGUUUUCUGCUGAAGCAUCAACAAAUUUGAGAGGGAUUGACAAAUAUUUCUCUAAGUCUAAGUCUAAGUCUGUGUGUGCUAUAUUUCAUAACUCUUGUCUCUCCUGACUCCUCUCCUCUCUUCUUUCCUCUUCCUCUCUGUUGCCUAGGUAACAGACAUGAUGCAGAAAGCCUUGUUUGACUUCCUCAAGCACAGAUUUGACGGCAGGUGAGUACAGCUGUCUCUGUGUUGCUGCAGCUCAGUGUAUACAAACUCUGUGAUCGAGCCAAUGAGCCGUUCAGAGGAUUCUGCCUAUCACGUUUCAUGGUCGAUAGGACACAUGAUGACGAUGACAACUUAUUUUUAGCUGUGAGAGAGCACAAGUUCAUCUCAUCCUUUGAAAUGGAGCAGUUGUGGAUGUGGUGUGAUAAGACACUUCUCCUGUAGGAUCUCUAUUACACGGGUGACUGCUGAUCUGUCACUGGCAAAGCGUUCAGUGCUCAACAAGAAGGCCAUAAUGGAGAGAUCCAACACACGCUCAAGUCUGGGUGAGUGACAGUCAAUUUGUCUUUGAUCUGUUUUUGCUCUAUAAAAAAUAAAACCUGCUAAGAAUAGAUGCCUUUUUCGUCUUUUACGCCACGUCUCCACUGAACUUCAAAAGGCCCCGUCCCUCUGUGAGACAUGUUAAAUCCCUGUCUUCUUUGGUUUGCUGCAGCUGAGGUCCAGAGUGAGAUAGAGAGGAUCUUCGAGCUAGCCAAAUCUCUUCAGCUGGUCGUCCUGGAUGCUGACACCAUCAACCACCCAGCACAGCUCCUCAAAACUUCCCUGGCUCCCAUUAUUGUAUACGUCAAAGUCUCCUCGCCAAAGGUAGAAGAGUUCGGAGAUCAAAUGUUACAGUUGAAGAUGUCUUUGAAAACUAUUUGUUUUACUCUCUUUCAUUUUCAUCUCACAGGUUCUUCAGAGGCUGAUCAAAUCUCGAGGGAAGUCGCAAAGCAAACACCUGAAUGUCCAGAUGAUGGCAGGGGACAAGCUUGCCCAAUGUCCGCCUGUAUGUCACUCAUCCUUAGGCCAUGUACACACAUAGCCGGUUAUUAUGAUGAACGAAUAUCCAACCCCCUCUUUUUAAAAAAAAAGAAAAAAGUCACGUACACACAUCAUCGUUUUCAAAUAAAAUCCCAUCCACACAAAACCGCAUGAGUUUGCUACUGACCGCGGUCAUAAGGAUGCCAGACCUGGAGUUGGUAGUAUUAGCCAAAAAAUAAGACCUAUUUUAUCCAUUCAGAGCAAACUACCCUUUCUCGUCGUCACUUCUCCAAACAUGAAAUAUAACCCUGUGUCGUUCGAUUGUGUAGACAGACACAGAGGUGGAAUUGCUUUUAAGCAUCAUUUUGGGGUAUCAAAUCAAUAAGACAUAAGAAAGAUGGAGGAAGGGUUAUUUGUUGUAGAAUAACUGACUGCAAAGCACUCAUUCUCCUUUGCUCCUCACAAAAAAUAUAUUCUGCAUAUAUCUGUGCCAUCCACUGCCUGACAUAAACAAAGGUGCAUUGUAUAUGACGUUUAUCAAAUAGUUGUCGAGGACACUGACGUUUGAGAAUUUAAAACUCUGGUUAUCUAUGUCCUCACGUAAACACAAACCUGAAGUUUUCCAAAAUCUGUACUUUGGCUGCAGUUUUCCAAAAGCACAGUUUUCAGGCCGAAUCGUAUAAAAAUAUAUUCAUUUUAGCAGGCUAUGUGUGUACAUGGCCUUAAUCUCUUAAUACAGUCAAGCUCGGAAAAGCUCCUUAAAUUCUUACAGUGAUACUUUAUUCAAACUCAGAGAUGUAAUGUGACUAUUUUAUCACUUGUGUUCCUCAUUAGGAGAUGUUUGAUGUUAUCCUGGAUGAGAAUCAGCUGGAGGAUGCAUGCGAACACCUCGCAGAGUAUCUGGAAAUUUACUGGCGUGCUACACAUCUCCCGUGUUCUGCCCCUGUUAACCCCUUAUUGGACCAAAGUGUGAUCACCCCACCCUCAGCUAACUCCAGCCAACAAGUAAGUCAAAACAACAACUGAAGUUUGUUGUAGAAGCUUUGUAGAAAAUCAGUUUUAUCACUUUUGUCUCCAUUCUGUAGUUUUCAGAGACUCAAGAGUUGAUAGAGUGAUUACCACCACAGACACUGGUGAGUACAAACUUGUCUGACUUCCACACUGAAGUGUUGGUUUCCUCUGCAACUGGCUCAGGUGCCAUAAUCUCUCAUGAAACGUUCCCCCUCUCCCCCACCAGCAGCAGCCUGCGCUGUCGGCUGGGGUCAGACAAGGAGGUCAUAGAGCACAGGGACCAGGGCGCCACCAGGGGGCAGCAGCAGCCCUCGUAUCUCCAGAGCCAGCCACCACUUUCUCUGAUGAAAAGAAGAAGAACAAAAGCAGGGUCCUUCAGGAGAGGAAGAGCAGGAGGCUGGUGAGCUGAAAGAAGAGGAGAUACACAAACAGGGAGAGGAGCAUGAGGAGAAGGAGGAAGAGGGAGAGAAAGGUUCAUCCGGUGAGUCCUCCACCUCACUGCUGCCCCCUCGACAAGAGCCCCCUGCUUCCACCGCCACACGACAACUCAGGGCCGCUUUCUACAGCUGCACAAAUACUGGUAACAAAACCCAGUACAGCAAUGCAGUCACUGCACACCACGGUUUUUCCUCCCUCACCCACCCAGAGCUCACCUUACUCCUUUGCCCUCACACUGGAGGCCAAGCUGAGCCAUCCCAGGUGCGACUGAUACCCAGACAAAUGACACACCUGUGACGUCAGAGGAUGUUAGCCAAAAGUACUGUAGCAUAGCAACACAAGAUCAAAACUAAAGUAGCUUCUCAUAGUAGGGUUUCCUCUUUGACAAAGAUGGCUUCUUGAGAGAAUGACACAAACCCAGUUCUUUAUGUCUUCCACCUCUACGGCUCUCUCUGAGCUCAUUCCAGUUUAACCAAAUAUUUACUUUGAAAUGCACAAGUAACUUUUUCAUUUGACGUCUUCCUCUUUAUCCUGUAGCUUUUCAAAUACUUUAUUCACUUUUUUUGCUGCAGCUGAAAAGACCACCCUAAAUAAUCUGUUUCCUCAUUAUUGCCGGUCACAUAUCUGUACACAACAGUGAUGCAAACCACAUACGUGUCGAGUGCAUGCUUCCACAUCAACAUUCUGCAUCCAUCUGUCACAGCUGUGAAUGUAUUAAUGCUGCUCUGUCAGCUUAGAGGGGACUGUUUGCAAUAAUUCUUAUUUGUUUGUAGAAAUCUCAUAACUGACACUUAAUAUCCUCAGACAAAAAUGCCCUUUCACCAAAAAUACACAUACAUAAACCAUGUUAUAUUUUCGCCCUAGGUACACAUCUAGUCUGACUAAUCAAACUGCAGAUGGUAACAGUAACAUGCAGAUGGUUAAAUUCUUCUGUCUGAUUUAAUUUGAUCCAGAAAUAUAAUUUGUGGCAUAACCUGAUAUCAGAGGAUGCACUGAUAUCUCAUUUUCAGAUGUUAAAGUAUCUUGUCAUCUAUACAUUAGUUUCAGUCUCAGGCUUUCAUUUUGGCAGCAGCUAAAAUUUAGUAGAAGCUUUCCCCUGAUGAUGGUUUUCAUAACAAAAAAAAAUCUUAGUUUGAUACUGGAACACUGACCCCAUCCAUCCGCUCAGAUGUAAAUUAUAAUUUCAAGGUAUUUAUAUCUACUCUUAUUUAUUGUAUUUUUCUCUAGCAGAACAAAUACUACAUCUGUGAUAUAUUGAACAUACAUGACUUGAUCUUCAGGACCAUAAAAACAGCUUGUUGAGUAGAUGUAGUGUAUGAUUUUAAAUAGAUUUGUUGUUUAAUAAUACGGUUACAUGUUGCCUCAGCAUGUCUGCUGAAUGUAUACUUUGUGAUAUAAGCACUUAACUUAAAAGAACCACAUCACCAUGAACUGCACAGUCAGGAUCAUAUCUGCCUUUGUUUUCAUAUCGGUAGCAUUAUUUACAUUUCACAUGAAUCUGCCAAGUAAUGUGGUGGUAACUAAAUAAGAAGGUGGAAUAUAGACUCCUAGUUUCUCUUUGGAUAGUCGGGUAAGUUCAUCCAUCAACAGUGGCUCAGAGUUAUGUAACUUGGUGAAAAGAAGUAGCAACUUUGCAUGCUCAUGCAACCGCCCUCCACAGCACCACUGUGCUGCGUCUGUGAAAGGAUUUCAUCACCGCCAAAGAGACACUGAGUCUCUAAGCACAUCAAAAGAUUGCGAGGCUUACUUCCCAAUAAGCCAGUAAAUUAUUUCAUAAUCUUUUGGCAGAAGUUACGCAGGCCCCUGAGUAUAUGGAGGGUGACCUCUUGUGGUAAAUAUAUGUCAUUACCUGCAGCUCACUGCAACUUCAACUAUUUCAUUUACCGCCAUAUAAAUAGAAAUUACGUGCAACUUCCAGUUUAUAUAUGUUUGCUGCAAACUCCAAAAGCUUCAUGUAUACAUUAUUUAUCUAUUUAUUUAUUUAUUUAUCCUGUUUUCCCCCUUAUGUCAUACAGUACAAACAAAUGCAUUUCAAUCAGCUCUGAAAAUCUCACAUUGAUGCAUCUGCUUUGUCAUAUAUAAAUAUAGCAAUCAGUUACCAUACCACAUAUGUAAAUAAUCUAAUAUACGUGCAUGACAUAUUGUAUUCCUGUUUCAUCAGAAGGGCUUUUAGGGACCAUCCUGACAUGAGCCACAAACCCUCCAGAGUAAUUAAUACAACAUUCAUAACCAGUAACAUGUAUACAUUAUCCAGGCUUUGCUGUACAUACUGUAUAUUCAAUAUGCAGAUAUUAUAACUAUAAUCAUAUUGCACAAAAACAAGUAAUGCUGACAGAAAGCAGAGAGGGGUUUUAGUCACUGCACAUAAAUCUAUAUUUAAUGUCUCAGAGAGCAUGAGUUUCUAUAUAUUUUCCUCUCCUUUUAGAAAGAUGCACUGCAGUUAUUUAAGCCCACAGUAAAGUUUGCUUCCACUGACACCCACAUUCAUUUCUGAAGGACCAGGUUUGAGAUACAUAACUACCACUUCUGCACAGUUUCUUGUUUGAUUAGAAAAAAAAAACAAGCUCUUUGCAUUUGUUUUACUUCUAUUGCAGGAAAUUUCUACAAAUUCUUCCUUAUAUGUCCAAAGCACAAAUUUUUACGAUUAUUAUUUCCUAUUGUGUUUCACUUGCCUAAAUUCUGUAUGCAAUACAAAGUCUAUUAUUGACAAGACACUGGCUGAGACUAUCAAGAUAUCUCCUCGGGUAUGAUGAGGUAUAAUUGCACUACUAUCAUUUCUAUGUCUGCUUUAUGAUGCAAUAAAUGCACUAAACGUUAUGCUGUACCCCUAUCAAAAACUAAACAAGAUGUCUGGUCUAAUGAUGAUGUUAACAUUUUACUGAGCUUCUGACAAGUCGACAAGAUUAGUAUCCAACAGUGUCUGAUGGUGAUGUGUACAGGGUGAAUCUUUUGUCUAUAGCACAUUUGAAGGAGGGGGUGAAUAAAACACAUUUAAGUAACAUUUCUGUCUGCUUGUG